AUGGUAUGCAGUAUUUCCGCCGUCUAUAGAUUUACUUUCCAGAAGGAUGCAGGCAGGAAAGUGAGACACAAGCCUAUUGAGGAGAAUGAAUGUUUAGGUUUGAAAACAUUAGGGAAUCAGUUUAUUAACAGGCCUCUUUGUUCUUUUCUAGUAGGCUAUGGAUGGGAGGACGUGCUUGGUCAUUUUGGAAUUCUAAGGCUCAGCAAAGUUGAUGCUGGAAAUAUCAUCCGCCUCCUGGUUCCUGACAUUGGAAUGUUUUUCAUUGGCUUCAUGGUUAUAAGGCUUUGUAAAAAACAGGUGAAACGUCAUAUUCCCAAAAUGCAGCUUCAUGCUGAAGACCGGGAGCAGGUUGAGGAUGAGGACGAUGAUGAUGAGGAGGAGAUGUCAUUCUUGUUUCCACAGGACUAUGAAACAGAAGCAGGGGACAGUGACAAGGAAGAGUCCGACUGUUUAUCUGAAGAAGAUUUGGGAAAAGAAGAAGGUGACCGAAAACCAGGUUUCAUUCAGAAAGUCACUGCGUUCCUAGCAGGCUUGAAAAUCAUAUUUGAAGCCAUCCUGACAAGUGCUGGAAAGGUGGUAGCAACUCUUCUAUUAGGCUUAGCAGGUAUAAUUUUGCCUUCUGUGACUUCUGCAAUCUACUUUUUCACCUUCCUGGGCCUGUGCUCCUGGUGGGCUUGUCAUCGUCCCAUUACCGUGGUCACCUUCAGCAGUUUGUGUGUGAUGAUGGCUGUCUUCAGUGCAGGUCACCUUGCUGCCCUUUACCUGUACCAGUUGCCAUACUUUCAGGACCUGGUUCCUCCUGAUGACAUUUAUGCCAGGCUCCUGGGGAUGGUGGCGCUCAUCAAGACAAACAGCACAGAAACCUGGAAGCUGCAGAUUCAUUCUGGAUUAAGCUGGCCUGUGUUUUUAAAUCCUCUUUUGCUGCUUGUAUUAUAUUAUUCACUGGUCAUGUUGCUACAGCAGUGGGCUCUGAGUCCUAAGGAAUGUGAAGAGGGCAUCCAGUCAUCACUGGAAGAGCAGAGUAAGUUGGAACUGGACACCAUGCUCUGGAUGGCAAAGAAUGAGAAGGAAAAGGUGGCUUAUUUUUCAAAUGGAAGCUGGCAGGACAUGCCCCUUUUACAGUGUGAACAUGGCAGGAGCCUCACAGCCAGUGCUGAUCCCAGUGAAGGACACAGCACUCCUGUAUCAGACGAUAGCACCUGCCCUGAAAACGCAGACGCUGAUGGGAAUGGCACUAGCAGUAUGGCAGUACUGGGGCAGUUCAUUAUGAAUCAAAGUUAUGUCAGUGCACUGAUUGCCAUGAUGGUUUGGAGCAUCACCCACAACAGCUGGCUGACUUUUGUUCUGCUGAUUUGGUCUUGUAUCAUUUGGAUGGUUCGUGACCGGCGUCGUUAUGCCAUGUGUAGCUCUCCGUUCCUUGCCAUCUAUGGGAAUAUCCUGGUGGUCCUCAAUUUCUUUGUAGGGUUCAAUAUUUCACAAGAAGAACUGUUUCCUGAAAUUCCAACCUCUGUGCUCACUGACUUUGAUUUAAAACCAUACUCUUUGCCAUGUGUGCACCUUGGUGUUAAGAUCUUUUAUGCAUUCACGUUCUGGCUAUUGCUAAGGCAGCAUAUGAUCAAAAGACAUAUGGAGCAGAAGCAAGAAACUCUCACGGAAGUGACAGUGGGUGCGAAUGAAAGGGAAAUCCCGCACAAUCCUCUGCUGGAAAUCUUUGGCUCUCUGAUUAAAGGAAUGCUGGUUAAAUACUGGAUCUAUUUCUGCGCUGCCAUGUUUUUCAUUGUCAGUUUCAAUGGCAAAGUAGUGAUCUACAAAAUACUGUACAUUAUGCUCUUUCUGUUCUGUGUAGCUUUAUAUCAGGUUCACUACGAGUGGUGGAGACGAAUUCUGAAGUAUUUUUGGCUCACUGUUGUCUCUUAUUCAAUGGUGGUCCUCAUUGCUGUGUAUGCCUACCAGUUUAAAACCAUUUCUGGGUUUUUGCUCCUGACUUUGGGACUGUCAGAGGAGGGGUUAAAAGACUUGGGUCUUGACCAGUAUGACACGGUAGAACUGUUUGCUAAGAUUCUGCUUCCUUCCACUUUUCUCCUGGCCUGCAUCCUUCAGCUUCGUUACUUUAGUGAGGAUUUUCUGAAGAUCACUGACCUGAGUAAUAUUCCCAUCAAGCAUGAAUGUACUUCUGGCAGUAAAAAGAAAACGGAAACUCAGGUGUAUCUCCUGGCUGACAUGCUUAAAGAAAAUAUUUGGAAACUGCAAAACAGGCUGGCAGCCAAUGAACUGCAUGGUGAAAAUCAAACCACCUCGGACAAGAUAGAGAAUACAACAGUGUAUGAAACCAUGGGAGCGGCUCAGCAGGAGAAAUCAGUGGGAGAGCCUAAUAAAUGGUGCCUGGUCAUCGACAAGUUGGCUUCUCUUCUCCUGCAGCUCUUGGAAAAGUUUCAUAAAACUCAGGUGUUAGCCUGGAGAGUCCUAGAGCUGCACAUCCUUAAAAUUGUCUCCACUUGGGUCAUCUGGAUCACUCUCCAGGAGGUAUCUUUGAUGAAUUACCCUUUCUUCGUCCUUUGGGUGUUUGCCCUGCCCUAUCCCAAGAUCCGCCCUCAUGCAUCAAAGAUCUGCACAGUUUGGUCCUGUGUGAUGGUUAUCUGUAAAAUGAUGUACCAGCUGAAAUUCGUCAGGCCGCAUGACUACUCCUCAAACUGUUUGCAGAACAGAACCUACUAUCAUCACAUCCUGGAUGAACUGUUGCAGAAAUCAGUGUUGUACGUUGCUCCUGUUGAUCCCGCCGAUUGGUGUGGAGGGUUACGGAAGUGCGGUGACAAUGUUUUACCCUGCCUGAAGAACCAUCUCACCAUCUUGGCAUUAAUGGUAAUAGAAGUGACUGUGUAUCACCACCAGCUCUUUUACCGGACUCAAAACCAGCUGAUGCCACCUGUUACAGGGAUCAUUUUUGAUACCAUCACCCGAGAGCACCUGGAUGAUGGGUUACUCAGCUGCAUCAAAUACUUUAUCAACUAUGGUUUCUACAAGUUUGGACUAGAGGUGUGUCUCAUCAUGGCCGUGAAUGUCAUUAAGCAGCGUAUGGAUUUCUAUGCCCUUCUCCACGGCUGCUGGCUGAUCUACCUGCUGCACCGCCGCCGAAGGAAAGCAGUGGCUGAGGUCUGGCUGAGAUACUGCUCUUUCCUUGCCAGUGUCAUGACCUUUCAGUAUUUGCUAUGCAUUGGCUUCCCUCCUGCUUUCUGCAAAGAUUAUCCAUGGAGAACCUCUCGCUGGACAAUCCAUUCCAAUCUGAUUAAGUGGCUCUAUCUGCCUGAUUUUGCCAAGAAACCUGAUGCCAGUUUUCUCCUGUAUGACUUCCUGCUUCUGCUUUUUGCCUCCCUGCAAUGGCAGGUAUUCAAAGAUGAGAAUAAGGCUUGUGUGCGAAUAGAGGCAGGAGAUAAUGUGGAGAUCAGCCGUGAAUUAGACCCAGCUGCUCUCAGCCAGUACAGCCCUGUGCCAAACUUUAUCCACUGCAGGUCCUAUUUGGAUAUGGCUAAAGUGGUCGUGUUCGGCUAUCACUUCUGGUUUGUGCUCUGCCUGAUUUUUAUCACUGGGACAACUCGAAUCAACAUAUUCUGUCUGGGCUAUCUGAUGGCCUGUUUCUACUUUAUGAUCUUUGGAAGCAGUCUCCUUCUAAAGCCGGUCAAGAAUAUUCUCAGAUUGUGGGACUAUUUGAUUGCGUACACUGCCUUAGUUAUAGUGAUGAAGAAUCUACUGGCUAUUGGAGCGUGUGCCUAUCUUGAUAAGUUACUGAGAAACCAUUGCUGGCUAAUACAGAUCUUUGGCAUGUUCUGUACUAUACCGGGGUAUGACUUGGCUCUUCCCGAGGAUGAGAAAUGCGAGCUGCCUGAAAAUGAAGCCGGGAUUGUUUGGGACGCGAUAAGUUUCACUUUCUUGCUGGUCCAGCGGAGAGUCUUUAUGAGCUAUUACUUCCUCUACAUAGUGGCAGAUCUGAAGGCUGCCAAGAUCUUAGCUUCCAGAGGAGCUGAACUGUUUGAAGUGAAGCUGAAAAAAGUUGUGGCGCUCAGAUUGGAGGAAGAGAAAAAAUCACUGCAAGCCAUGAGAAGACAAAUGGAACUAAUCAAAUUGAAGCAGAAGAAACUUGACAGUUUGAAGCAAAAGACACCAAGCCCAGAAGAAACAGCUGUGGAUCAAUCUGCCAAAGAGCAGCAGCUGCUAGAUCCAGGUAGCUCUGAAAAAACUCAGCCACAUCUCUUUCUGGAACUGAUUUUAGUGAUUCGAGCUGGGAGCUACUACCUCUUUGAGACAGACAGUGAGGAAGAAGAGGAACAAGGGCACACAGAAAAGAGGGAGGAAGAAUCAUCGAAGAAGAAAACAGCAUUCCAGCUUGUGUAUGAAGCCUGGAUGUCUAGCUCUAAAUCAGCUCUGAGAACAAGAAAACAAGAUGAAACCAGAGAGCAGAGGAAGAAAGAGGAGGAGGAGCAGCAGCGACUGGCAGGGGAGGUAAAGUUGGAAUUCCAUGAAGAGAAAGGGGAGAUAUCAGUCACUGAAGAGAACCUAGAUGAGUCAGAAAAUAUAAUUGAAAGAAUAAUCAACACAAUCAAGUUUACUUGGGUUUUUGUUCAAGCAUUGCUAGAUGAUACUACAGAAGCACUAAACUCACUUUGUAAAAAUAACCUGGACAUAGCAAACGUACUGAGAAUUGAAAGGUACAUGCUAUGGCGAGAAACUAAUAAGGGAAAAGAAGCCUCACCAGACACAAUUCUCCAAUAUUACAACCUGAAGAAGAGUCAGCAAGUGCAAGCAAGUCUUUAUGGGGGAAAUAAAAUGAAAGGCACACAGGAGGAUCAGCAUGAAGACACAUUAGAGUGCCAGCAGAUACCCACGAGGGGAACCCAGCUACCGCACGAGAGCAGUGCAUCCAGGACAUCUGAUGAAGUUGCUGAGGAAAUUAAUGGAGAUGAGGCAGGAGAGAAGAUGGAAGAUGAAGACAGUGUCAAAGAAGCUGCCCCAGAAAUGACCACUCCACUUCCUUCCUGUGAAACAAAAGAUUAUGCUGUUUCCCCAACAGCUGAGAGGAGCAAAGAAGCAGGCAGGCCAUUAAAUGAAGUUCCUGUUAUCAUGACUGCCAGUGAGCUGCUUCUGAACAGGAUGUUUCAUGACAAUGAACUGGAGCAGUCAGACAAGUUUUACCAGAGUCUGCCUCGAUCCCUGAAGUUGGGCUUUGCUUUGUACAAUGCGAUGGUAUCCAAGUCAGAAAUGCUCUGUUAUUUUGUGAUCAUUCUCAACCACAUGGUCUCUGCGUCAGUCCUCACUUUGGUUCUGCCUAUCCUUAUAUUUCUGUGGGCCAUGUUAUCCAUUCCAAGGCCUACUAAAUUCUUCUGGAUGAUGGCUAUCGUUUAUACAGAGAUAACAGUAGUUGUCAAAUAUUUUGCUCAGUUUGGAUUCUUUCCCUGGACCACUAAGUUAUACUGCGGCAUCAAUGCAGAAGAGCCAUUUGUUCUGCCAAACAUUGUCGGGAUUGAGAAGAAGGAUGGCUAUGUGCAUUUUGAUCUUGUGCAGCUGCUGGCUUUGUUCUUUCACAGGUCUAUCUUGAAGUGCCAUGGACUAUGGGAUUCCAAAGGCGUCAAUGUGUCUGAUACCAAGAAAAGGAGAUGUUCUAAGAGUCCAAAGAACCAGGAGUCCAGAGGAGGUCUGCAGGAAGAUGAGCCUGGAUCGGGGGCAUGGCACCUUUUUAGACAUCACAAUCCCUCAGGGAGCAUCUUCAGAGGAAGGAAGACAGCCUCCGUUAACAGAGGCAAGACUCAGAAGAAGGAAGCCAGGAAGAAAUGGAAGCUUUUUAGAAAGAGUCCCAUCAGCAAGAAGAAACUUCUUAAGCAAAAGAUGAAACAACUGAUAUUGAAAGCAAAGAAGCUGGUGAUUAAAAUUGCCCUUCAAAUCUAUCGACCUAUCAGGCAGUUCUUCUACGACAUUAUUCAUCCGGAGUACAGCCCUGUCUGUGACGUCUAUGCACUGAUGUUCCUGGUUGACGUGAUCAAUUUUAUAAUUGUUAUCUUUGGAUACUGGGCCUUUGGCAAACACUCAGCAGCUGCUGACAUAACUGAAUCCCUGUCAGAAGACCAGGUCCCUGAAGCCUUCCUGGUGAUGCUCCUGAUUCAAUUUGGCACCAUGAUAGUGGACCGGGCCAUUUACUUGAGGAAGACUAUGUUUGGGAAGUGUGUAUUCCAGGUUGUCCUUGUCUUUGGCAUUCACUUCUGGAUGUUCUUCAUCUUGCCAGGCGUUACCGAAAGGAGAUUCAACAGAAACCAUGUGGCUCAGCUUUGGUACUUGGUCAAAUGUGUUUAUUUUGGCCUGUCUGCGUAUCAGAUCAAAUGUGGUUAUCCGAAUCGGGUCCUAGGCAACUUUCUGACAAAGAGUUACAAUUUCGUAAACCUUUUCCUAUUCCAAGGGUUUCGUAUGGUGCCUUUCCUUACCGAGCUGAGAGCUGUCAUGGACUGGGUUUGGACUGACACCACACUGAGUCUUUCCAGCUGGAUCUGUGUGGAGGAUUUAUAUGCAAAUAUUUUCAUUAUGAAAUGCCUGAGAGAGUCUGAGAAGAAAUAUCCUCAGCCUUCUGGCCAGAAGAAAAAAAUGAUUGUGAAGUAUGGAAUAGGAGGCUGCAUUGUCUUUAUAUUGGUCUGCAUCGUGUGGUUCCCACUGCUUCUUAUGUCACUGGUUAAAUCUGUGGCAGGAGUAACCAAUCAGCCCCUGGAUGUCUCAGUGAAAAUUACCAUUAGCGGUUAUGAGUCAUUAUUCACCAUGAGCGCUCAGCAGCGGAAUCUGAUCCCUUUCUCUCCAGCAGCAUAUAACGAGCUGGCUAAUCAAUAUGCCCUUCACCCGUCUGCCAUGCAGUUUAUAGUGAACUACAGCCCAGAGGACAUCGUCACUGCUAAAAUAAAGAGCAAUGCUAGCUUGCUGUGGAGCAUCAGUCCCGCCAGCCGAGAGGCCAUGAUGGACGAGCUCUCCAGCUCAACUGCGGUCUACAUCAACUUUCACUGGACAAUUCUCAGACUGCUUCCCGGCGUGGUACCAAGAUACCUCAGGGCUACUGCUGGAGCAGAAGCUAGAACUGCACAUCGCUUGCAAGUUGCUCAUUCUCAGAAACCACAAGACGUAGACAAAAUGGCUUUCUUCCGAAAUAUAACCAUAAAACUACAGCAGCUGGCCCUCAACUCAUCUUCCGGCCAAGUUACUGAGUGGUGGGUUAUUGAAGAGUGGAAUCCUGUGUGCUCUGGUAAUGCUUGCAGCAAGAAUAUGGAGCUUAUCAUCUACAAUGACAAAGUCAGCCCUUCCAGUCUGGGAUUCCUGGCAGGCUACGGCAUCGUUGGCCUUUAUAUGUCUGUUGUUCUCGUCAUUGGCAAGUUUAUCCGAGAGUUCUUCAAUGGCAUCUCUCGUUCAAUAAUGUUUGAAGAGCUGCCCAACGUGGACCGCAUCCUGAAACUCUGCACGGACAUCUUCCUGGUGAGGGAGAUUGGGGAGCUGGAGUUGGAGGAACAACUCUUUGCCAAACUCAUCUUUUUGUACAGAUCUCCUGAAACUAUGAUCAUGUGGACCAGAGAAUCAAAGGAACAAUGACAGGACAAAGGUUUGUUUAGUGAAGAUCAGGCUUAGGAAGCAAGCUAUUGUCAUGGGCUGCUUUAGAAGCAAAUUUAACAUUCAGGAAUGGGAGAUGUUACGAGCGUCUCCUCUCCAUUGGCAUAUUUUCACCUUAAGCUUUUCCACACGUUCCUCACCAAAAUGUAUCAUGUUUAAGCAGUAAGUGUACUUUUCAGGCCAGUGACUUCCCUUUGCUCAACCAGAGAAGACCUACUAUUGAUCCCCUACAGACUUCAUCCCACAAUCAUGGAUGCAAAAAGCUCGGCCCAAGUCCACCUGAUUUUAUCUGCAAAGCAGCUAAAAACUUCCUCACAGCAGGAGGGGUUCUAAUCAGCCUCCGAGCAACUGCAGCAUGGGCUAACCAAACUGAGCGCUGUUAAUGGCUGAAGAUAAAUUAUAGGGAGGAAAUUUUAAUAGGGCUAAUUUACAAGAGUCCAGGUUCAAAUGUAAGAUUUUAAAGCAACGCUUAAAGGGGUGCUCUGACAUGGGUGAUGAGGUUUCCAGUGCUCAUUGGACAAAAUGCACUGACUCAAGGUGUGCAAACAUUCCAGUUUAGAAAAUAAAAACAAACCGUUCAAAGACAAAAUAAAAGAACAGAAUGGGGCACUUUCAUAAUCAGAGCAAGAUCUCUCUAGCUAGGCCUAAGGUCCCUUUAAUUCUUAAGAGGUCUCCACCACAGCCUUUACCCAACUAAUAUUCUACUUUAUAGUUUGGAGAAGUUUCCCAUCUUGCUCUGCUUUUAAGUGGGUACUUAUUCCUUCCAAGUGAGAGUUCAGCCACUUUUUCCUCGCUGCAGAAUCACUGAAAAAUGGGUUGGAAGCAGAGAACAGGCGUAUUGGGCAGUGUUUUAUUAGGUUAAAAUAGAGGGGUUACCUGAAUGGCAUCCAGGAUGGUACCCCAGCAUAGGGACAAGGGGAUGAGUAGGGCAUUUCUUUUACAAAUAAAUGUCUGAGGAGGCAGCAUGGAUCCAGUGGAGUGAGCACCAGGAGCCCCACGAUUUCUAUUUCCCGUUCCGCCAGGCUGUGAAACUCUGGGAAAGUCACUUCCCCCCUUAGCGCCUGGUUCCCGUCCCAUCCUGUCUGUUUAGACUAGAAGCUCCUCAGAACAGGGUCUGUCUCUCACUCUGUGUGCGCACAGCACGGGCCCUUCAUCUCUGUUCAGUGAAUUGAGUGAGAGAAUUUGGUAUUCUCAUUCUAGCCAUUAGUGGAAGCUCCUAUGCACUGCAAAGCCGCCUAGUCAUUCAGCACAAGUGGCAGCAGCUCCUUGGAGGAAAAAGGUGCUGUGAGUCUGAUCUGAAGUGCAGCAGUGGAGCUAGGCGUGAGAACUUGCACAGCGCAGUCCAGUCAGACUCUCAUUUUAGGAGCACCCAGUAUUUUCAGAAAUGCAAAUAAUGCCGUGAAGUUCCAUGAUGGGAUAUACAAAUGGCUUUAAUAACCUCAGCCCAUGCAUGUGCCAAGUAGACAGAAGCAAGCAGCUACUUUGUUUUAUAAACCAAGUUUAUUCAUAGUCCCACUAUUUCUUCUUUUCUUUCCAAGUGAAUAUGUUCUGUUAUCUGAAACAGUAAGUGUUUUGGCCCACUCUUUUGUUGAUUGUAAUGGUCAGCGAAAGCUUAGCAUGCAGGUACUGCACCUUACUAAAAUAAAAAGCCUUUUCCCAUUAGACCUUCUUUGCUGCUAGGCUGAAUUGCCAUGGAAUAAGCUGAGCCUACAGUGGUUUCUUCUUCCUCACAUAACUCUGUUGUGAGAAGUAGUGGGGGCUGUGAGAAUCAAUAAAACCUCAUGGAAAGUAACAAAGUAAAUCAGAAGGCCUGGUAAGCAAGAGCGGCUGUGGCUUAUUCAUGCAUUAAUGCACUCAGCAAGUUUUGUGAGGUGCUUUAAGGGGGACAUUUCCCUCCCUCCACUAAAGCUAGUAGAGCUCGGAGCUUGCAAGGUCAAUGUUGUUCAGCAACUGUGGGCACCAAUAAUUUAAAAAACAAAAGACUAGGCCGUUUCAUCAGAAAUAAGCAAUCAAUCUCAUCAUGACA